AUGGCUGAACCUAUGCCAAAACCUAACCGUGGCAUGACGCUCGCCGACACCGUGGCCAUGGGCAUCAACCAGGAGUCCCAGGCGAGUUGGCUGGCAAAGCGGCGUAUCAGCGUGGAGAGUCGCAUCAAGUUAACAAGGCUAUCCCACAUGCGAUACCAACACCCUGAUCUUGAUGCGAUUCACCAAUUCCUGAUGGAUUUCGGACUCCAGGUUGCGCUUCGAACAGACAAUGAGGUUUGGUAUAAGGGUUACGGGCCGGACCAGUACGUUUACUAUGCCAAAAAGGGGCCGCGAAAAUUCCUAGGCGGUGUUUUCGAGGCGGCUAGUUGGGAUGAUUUUGAACGAGUAUCCAAAUUGCCUCGUGCAGAGCCAAUCGAGGAGCUUCAGGUUGCGCCAGGCGGUGGUUUUCUUGUCACGGUUACCGACCCGGAAGGGUUUCCUGUUAAUGUGAUCUAUGGACAACAGUUGGUAGCCGACAAACCGACGUACUCACCUGAGAAAGUGGUCCUCAACUUCCCAGAGGAGAAGCCUCGAUUCAGACAGUUCAACCGCUUUGAACCUGGUCCAGCUGCCAUUUACAAGUUGGGCCAUUUCGGGCUUUGUACACAAAAGUUCGAAGAGCAGCUCGAGUUCUAUACUUCAAACUUCAACAUAGUUCCUACCGACUUCGUCUACGUAGAAAAAGAAAGGCACCGAGUCCUGGUAACAACAUUCAUGCAUCUCGAUUUAGACUCGGAGCCUGUUGACCACCACUCGUUCUUCCUUAGCGCCAACCCCAAGGCAGCGCAUGUACAUCACAGUUCAUAUGAGGUGUAUGACUUCGACGCCCAGCAUCUUGGACACGAGUGGCUUGUGGCGAAGGGGUACCGUCCAACUUGGGGUGUCGGCCGUCAUGUACUUGGGUCGCAGAUAUUUGAUUACUGGUGGGACAUUUCUGGUAAUAUGGUUGAACAUUACGCGGAUGGUAACUUGGUCAACAAUGAGACCCCGGUCGGAUACGUGCCUGCUGGGGAAGACACAUUGGCUGUUUGGGGUCCGAAAGUCCCUAGGGAGUUUAUGGAAUAG